AUGCAAACAAUAAAAUGUGUUGUUGUCGGUGAUGGUGCUGUUGGCAAGUCAGAACCUAAUUCCAAAACGGGUAGUGUCGUUCUUUUCGAGAAUAGCGCUUACGAUUUAUUACCUCCGUCGAUCGAAAUUACGUGUCUUCUAAUCUCUUACACAACCAAUAAAUUUCCGUCUGAAUACGUUCCUACAGUUUUCGACAAUUAUGCCGUUACAGUUAUGAUUGGCGAUGAACCGUAUACAUUGGGUUUGUUUGACACUGCUGGCCAAGAGGAUUACGAUCGUCUCCGUCCUCUUUCGUAUCCUCAAACAGACGUCUUUUUGGUCUGUUUUUCUGUAACCUCACCAGCUUCUUUCGAAAAUGUCAAAGAAAAAUGGUUCCCUGAGGUUCAUCACCAUUGCCCAGGAAUUCCAUGCCUGAUUGUCGGUACUCAAAUAGAUUUGCGGGAUGAUCCAUCAGUAGUUGAAAAGCUAUCACGACAAAAGAUGAGACCCGUCACUUCAGAGCAAGGCGAAAGACUCGCUCGAGAAUUGGGUGCUGUUAAAUAUGUAGAGUGUUCAGCUUUGACUCAAAAAGGUUUGAAGAAUGUUUUUGACGAGGCUAUUGUUGCAGCCUUGGAACCACCAGUUACUAAGAAAACUCGUAAAUGUAUUGUGCUGUAG